CUCAUGAGUAGUUCUAUCUUUCUUUUGGGUGUGAUUCAUGCACAUUUUGCUUGUGAUACGAGUUUUACUUCUUUUGUGUGUGGUUAAUUUUCUGAAAUGGGACUUGAAAUGCCAAUACCUAUCCAUGAGAAGAUUGGGAUAGUUUAACUGGUCCAUUUUAGUGAGGAAAAAACCAUCAGCUUAAAUGGUUGGCAAAAGCAAUGGUCACCAGGAAAAUGAAGGAGAAUCUGAUAUGGAACCACAUGUGGGAUUGGAAUUCAAUACAGCUGAAGAGGCACAGGAGUUUUACAGUAUGUAUGCAACUCAGGCGGGUUUUAAAACAAGGAUAGGACAGCUGUAUAGAUCAAGAGUAGAUGGUUCUGUAAUUUCCCGAAGAUUUGUGUGCGCAAAGGAGGGAUUUCAGACACCUCUUAGAACAGGUUGUCCUGCUUUCAUAAGAGUGCAAAAAGUGGACUCUGGUAAGUGGGUUGUUGCCAAUAUAAAGAAGGAACAUAAUCACGAAAUUGAAGCCUCAGAAGAAAUAUGUCCUUCUCGGAUACCGAGGAAAUGUUUUCCGUCUCCAACAUCAUCAAUAGGUGGGGCUAGUCGGACGGGAAUUAGAUCACACGAAGAUGAUAGUCCGUCUGCUGUGGUAGUAGAUACUAAGCGUCUCAAAAAGGAAGAGAUGAACGCAAUUAAUGGACCCUCGGGUGAACCUUCAACAGGUCUUGAGUUUAAUUCUGCCAAUGAUGCGUACAAAUUUUACUACGCAUAUGCAACUAACACGGGGUUCAGAAUCAGGAUAGGUCAAUUAUUCCGCUCUAAACAUGAUGGCUCGAUUACUUCUCGAAGAUUUGUGUGUUCCAAGGAAGGACGUCAGCACCCUUCUAGAGUUGGUUGCGGAGCAUACAUGAGAAUACAAAGACAUGAAGCGGGAGGUUGGGUGGUUGAUCGUCUUCAGAUGGAACACAACCAUGCACUUGGCAUCCCAUUGGAUCCUAAUAGAACAGUGGAUGUUGCACCAAAAGGGUGCAGAGAGGAAGGGAGUAGCGUGAUGGAGAAUUUGGAUUUGGUUGAAACAGAUGGAGGCCUCAGCCUAGUCAAACGAGACAGAGAGAGUAGGAUUGAUAAUGAUUGGUACGGUGUGCUACUUGAGUAUUUUCAAUCUCAGCAAGCUGAAGAAACAGGGUUUUUUUAUGCGGUGGAAAUGCGGGCGGGUAAAGGCAUGAACCUUUUCUGGGCUGAUGCACGAUCUAGAUUUUCGUGUGCUCAGUUUGGCGAUGCAAUUGUGUUUGAUACAACUUACCGGAGAGAUAGUCAUUCUGUGCCAUUUGCUUCAUUUGUUGGUAUCAAUCAUCAUAGGCAACCAGUACUGCUUGGUUGUGCUCUGAUUGCUGACGAAUCUGAGGAGUCAUUUACUUGGAUAUUUCAGGCUUGGGUCAGGGCAAUGUCAGGUUGCCGACCUGUAUCUAUAAUAGCUGAUCAGGACAGAGCCAUUCAACAUUCAAUUGCACAAGUUUUCCCCGGGACUCAUCAUCGAUUUUCAGCAUGGAAAAUUGUUGCAAAGGAACAAGAGAAUUUGGGUGCAUUACUUUCCAUGGAUGCUGAGUUCAAAUAUCAGUAUGAAGCUUGCAUAUUUCAGAGUCAAACAGCAAGUGAAUUUGAUUUCGCUUGGAACAUGCUUAUGGACAAAUAUAAUCUGUCCGAUAAUGCAUGGCUUAAGGAGAUGUAUCAGAUGCGUAAAAGUUGGGUUCCUUUGCACAUAAAAGGAACAUUCUUUGCAGGAAGCCCUGUAGAUGGGAGCUUAAAAUCGUACUUCAGUACAUUUUUUACCGCCCAGUCACCUAUCAAUGAAUUUAUAGUGCAGUAUGAGAAAGCUUUGGAAAAGCGCUAUGAAGAGGAAAGGAAGGAGGAUUAUAAUUCAUUUAAUGUGCAAGCGGUCUUGCACACAAAAGAUCCCAUUGAAGAUCAAUGUAGAAGGCUAUACACAAUUACAAUGUUCAAAGUGUUCCAAAAGGAGCUUUUGGAUUGCUACAAUUAUGUUGGGACCAAGAUCAAUGUUGAAGGAUCAAUCAGUAGAUAUCUGGUGCAAAACUGUGGAAAUGGGGAUGAGAGGAAUACAGUUGCCUUUAACGCAUCGAACUUGAAUAUCAGUUGUAGUUGUAAAAUGUUUGAGUUUGAAGGCGUGCUUUGUAGGCACACAUUGAAGAUCUUCCAAAUAAUGAACAUAAGGGAGCUUCCAUCUCGCUAUAUCUUACACCGGUGGACUACAAAUGCAAAAUAUGGCAUAAUGCGGGACUCUGAUUCAUUAGGUGGUUCCCAUAAUUUUAAAGCCUUGAUGUUGUGGAGUUUAAGGGAGGAAGCUUGUAACUAUAUUGAAGCAGGAACAGCAUCCUUUGAAAGGUACAAGCUUGCGUUUGAGAUCAUGCAGGAGGGUAGAAGAAACUUCUGUUGGCAAAACUAGAAACAUAUCUCAAACCACAGGUUAGAAAUGUCUCUUUGUUCUGUUUCAGCUAUGUAGUUAAUUAGAAUCAUUCUGUUUAUCUGUAGCUUAUAUUAGAGCUGAAAAUCUUGGCUCCAAUUCUCUUUUUGAGUCUAUCAAGCUGGCAGAGUUCAUUCUCCCUACUUAAACAUUUUCUCCACAUGAUGAUGAUAUGUGCAUAUGUUUUACAUCAUUGUACAAGAAUUUGCAUUUUCAUCACUGAACAUCAUGUGGGUUUCACCGUCACCAUAAUAGUGAUCUUGCCAAGAACCCAUACCUUCUUCCCAGCUGCAAUUCAUCUCUGCUUCGUCCCCAUCUCCAUCCUCUUGAUCCUCAUUCACCACAAGCACUACAUUCUUCCCCAUUUUCGUCUUCAGUUUCUUCAAUACUUUCUCUGGAUUGAUCCUUCCUAUCACCACCACCCUGUCAUCCGUCAUGCCAGUCAUGAACUUCUCCACACCUGUCCCACCGUGACAGUCACGCUUCAGAACCAAGUAUGCCAUUCAGCAUAUUACCUACUCCUUUCUAGUGCCGCUAGCCACAUUGCAAGAAUAUAUGUUUUGCUCACAUCUUGUUGAUUCAAGAUGUAUAUAACCUACGAUUGUUUCUUCGGAAACACGUUAUGCCCUUGAUAUAAAUUUAUAAUAUGCAUUGUGCAGCCUAGAGAUAAAGGAAAAUGAUGAAACCUUUGAGUUUGGAAAUGGCUUUGGCAACUCUUCUUGCACAGGCAUUACAAUGUAUAGGAACCAUGUAUUCUGCCUUUACGACCUGUUGAUUCGAAUCGUCCCAGAAUUCAUUUUGUUACUCUUGUUACAGAACCAUACUCCCAAAAUUUCUUAAUCACGUGUGCAUAUAUAAUUUGUGUAUUUAUGUAUCUUACUUUGUCUGCUCUCUUGUGGUCGGCCAUUGAGAAAUUGUUGGAAUUGUAGAGAUAAAAGAAUUAUUGUACACAAGAAUCUAGUGGAUGUUCAUGUUCUA